GUGUGAAUUGUAUGAGAAGCAUACUGAUCCACUAUGGCCAUGCAGUUGUUGAUGAACUGUGGGGAUGGCCCCACCCUAACUGACUGCCUGGCCACAAUGGGAGACUAGCUAGGAGCUGCUUUCUACUCACAGAUCUCAUCCACGUCCAUCAUGCUGAUCAAGGAAUAUCGCAUUGCGCUGCCCAUGAGCGUGGAUGAGUAUCGCAUCGCUCAGUUAUACAUGAUACAGAAGAAGAGCAGAGAGGAGAGUGAAGGAGAAGGCAGUGGCGUGGAGAUCAUCGUUAACGAACCUUACACUAACGGCCCAGGUGGAAAUGGACAGUACACCUAUAAGAUAUACCACAUUGGAAGCCAUUUACCAGCCUGGUUUCGGGCCAUCUUACCAAAGUCUGCCCUGAGGGUGGAAGAGGAGGCAUGGAAUGCUUACCCCUACACCAAGACCCGUUACAAGUGUCCGUUCGUGGAAAAGUUUUCUCUGGAGAUUGAAACCCGUUACCUCAAUGAUCUCGGUGAUCAGGAAAACCUGUUUGAACUUUCCUCCGCAGGGCUAAGGCAAAGGACAGUGGAUGUGAUUGAUAUUGUGAAGGAUCCCGUGACGAGUGAUUACAAGAAGGAGGAGGACCCCAAGCUGUACAAAUCCUCCAAAACUGGCCGGGGUCCACUGACUGACAGCUGGAAAGAAGAGUACUCGGGACCCCAAAAAUCCCAAAAGACCAUCAUGACUGCUUACAAAUUGUGCAAGGUGGAAUUUCGCUACUGGGGCAUGCAGAGUAAAAUUGAGAGGUUUAUCCAUGACAUAGGGUUGAGGAGGACCAUGCUACGUGCUCACAGACAGGCCUGGUGCUGGCAGGAUGAGUGGUAUGGGCUGAAACUCUCCGAUAUACGCCGUCUCGAACUCGAAACUCAGCGUGCUCUGGCCGAAAAAAUGGCUGCAGCUAACGGCGAAGCCGAGAGUGAAAACAAUGACAGAUCUGAAAACGGUGAACAGUCUACAGACCGUUCUAUCUCAGGACAACCACCAAGUUCUUUCAGUGUGCUAGAAAGCUCUGCGCCAAAUUCAGUUGCCACAGCGACUGUUUCUGGUGAAUGCGGAAAUAGGCCGUACGUUAAGGCCAGUUCGAGCCGAGACAAAAUGACAGUGCCGGAGUCCUUCUCAUCUGGUCAUAUUAGUGCCAAAAGACGGGAGUCAUGGGGAUCUAAACAGUCCCUCAAUGCCUCUUCUUCAACCCAUGCCCUGGACAUUAAGGCUCAAAGUAUAGAACAACUCCAAGAGUCAAGCUCAGAAGAGGAAUUUUUUGAUGCUCAAGAAGCCGUGGCGGAGGCUGACGAGUUUGACAUGCCAGUGAGAUCUCCUCACCUGAUGAGAUCCACUUCAAUGGAGAUGAUCUCUAGUGGGGACGAGUACCUGGACACCUUACCCUGUACACCCAUGUCUGCCCCACCACAACACACAGGUAGGCUGAUCUCCAGUGGGGAUGAGUACCUGGAUACCUUACACUGUACACCCAAGUGUGCCCCACCACAACACACAGGUAGGCUGAUCUCUAGUGGGGAUGAGUACCUGGACGCCUUACCCUGUACACCCAUGUCUGCCUCACCACAACACACAGGUAGGCUGAUCUCUAGUGGGGAUGAGUACCUGGAUACCUUACCCUGUACACCCAUGUGUUCCCCACCACAACACACAGGUAGGCUGAACUCUAGUGGGGAUGAGUACCUGGAUACCUUACCCUGUACACCCAUGUGUGCCCCACCACAACACACAGGUAUGCUGAUCUCUAGUGGGGAUGAGUACCUGGAUACCUUACCCUGUACACCCAUGUGUUCCCCACCACAACACACAGGUAGGCGGAUCUCUAGUGGGGAUGAGUACCUGGAUACCUUACCCUGUACACCCAUGUGUGCCCCACCACAACACACAGAUGUGCUGAUCUCUAGUGGGGAUGAGUACCUGGAUACCUUACCCUGUACACCCAUGUGUGCCCCACCACAACACACAGGUAGGCUGAUCUCUAGUGGGGACGAGUACCUGGAUACCUUACCCUGUACACCCAUGUGUUCCCCACCACAGCACACAGGUAGGCUGAUCUCUAGUGGGGACGAGUACCUGGAUACCUUACACUGUACACCCAUGUGUGCCCCACCACAACACACAGGUAGGCUGAUGUCUAGUGGGGAUGAGUACCUGGAUACCUUACCCUGUACACCCAUGUGUGCCCCACCACAACACACAGGUGGGCUGAUCUCUAGUGGGGAUGAGUACCUGGAUACCUUACCCUGUACACCCAUGUGUGCCCCACCACAACACACAGGUAGGCUGAUCUCUAGUGGGGAUGAGUACCUGGAUACCUUACCCUGUACACCCAUGUGUUCCCCACCACAACACACAGGUAGGCUGAUCUCUAGUGGGGACGAGUACCUGGAUACCUUACCCUGUACACCCAAGUGUGCCCCGCCACAACACACAGGUAGGCUGAACUCUAGUGGGGAUGAGUACCUGGAUACCUUACCCUGUACACCCAUGUGUGCCCCACCACAACACACAGGUAGGCUGAUCUCUAGUGGGGACGAGUACCUGGAUACCUUACCCUGUACACCCAUGUGUUCCCCACCACAGCACACAGGUAGGCUGAUCUCUAGUGGGGAUGAGUACCUGGAUACCUUACCCUGUACACCCAUGUGUGCCCCACCACAACACACAGAUGUGCUGAUCUCUAGUGGGGAUGAGUACCUGAACCCCCUCCCCAGUUCACCCAUGUGUGCCCCACCACAACACACAGGUAGGCUGAUCUCUAGUGGGGAUGAGUACCUGGAUACCUUACCCUGUACACCCAUGUGUUCCCCACCACAACACACAGGUAGGCUGAUCUCUAGUGGGUACCUGGAUACCUUACCCUGUACACCCAUGUGUGCCCCACCACAACACACAGGUGUGCUGAUCUCUAGUGGGGACGAGUACCUGGACACCUUACCCUGUACACCCAUGUCUGCCCCACCACAACACACAGAGCAGUCGUUUGUGAAGCGCGUGGAGUUUUACAGCCAGCUGCACAGCAUUGCCCCUAGUCACAGCCUUGACUCGUCCAUGGGACCCAGCUCAUUCCCCCCACCGUCCUCAGAACCAUGUAAAACCAGUGUCCUCAUCCUCGUUCUCCACGGAGGUAGUGUAUUAGACCACGGUCAGGAACACACCUCUAAAUAUGCUGACUUCAACACUCUGAAGGCCACAAUGGAGGCAGCCAUGAAGGCACACUACCCCGUAGCCAGUGGUCACAUAGCUUUCCGAUUGGUACCCUGCCCUCACAUUUGUAUGGACGUUCUCAGACUUUUGUUCAGCCUCAGCCCAUACAAUAUUGACUUUGAUCAGCACGGCCGUGGGGCCAAGAGCUGUGAGGAUGAAGUGACCUCCACACAAGAGUUUGUUCCCCUUGGUGCCAUUGCCCUGUUUGCCACAUCCUGCACGGAUUAUCAAGAGAAUGUCAACGCAGUUAUUGCCAAAGCAAACAACAUUUACGCUGAUUUCCUCAAAUCAGAUGAAGGACGGGGUUUCAUGGGUCAGGUGUGCAUUGUGGCAGAUUCCACAGGGGCGUUACUCGCGUACGAAUCUUUGUGUCGCUCUAAUCCUCACUACAGCUAUAGUAACAGUCACCACGGCAGUCACAGCAGCCUGACGGACGUAGACCGUGAAGAACUUGGCAGUGAUGAACCUUUCUCAGCCCUGACUUUUGAACCUGAAUCGGCCACCCAGCACAUGAAGUUCCGAAGUAAAAGUGAAAUAGUCCCUCCGGAUUCCAAUGACUUACAGAGAGGACAUUCGAUGAAGCGUGACUCGGUGCACCUGAGCGUGUCGUCAGCAUCAGCGCCACACUCGCGGCGAACCAGUACAGGCAGUCAAUCAGACAGCAGCCAUGUCCAAGUUUUAUUUGAUGUUUCAGAUGUCUUUAUGUUUGGGUCACCACUGGCCAUUGUGUUGGCCUACAGAAGACUGUGCCAUGUUGCACCGCUGCGUCCAGCCUGUCACCAGAUUUACAACCUCUUUCACUCCCGGGACCCCUUGGCUGCCCGCCUCGAACCGCUCCUCCAUGAGAAAUUCAAAUACCUGUCUGCUGUUAAGGUGCCCCGCUAUAAUAAGUUCCCCCUGGGGGACGGAGAACCCAUCCAUGUAGUUGAAGCCAUCCAGAGUCACAGUGAAUUGUUCGGGGACAAUCGUCGCCACUCAAACUCUCCGUCAAUCCCAUCGUGUCUUCAGCGUCAAAAUUCCAGCUCUAGCAUCAUCAGUCAAGUGUCCGGCCUCGGAGAUGUUCUAGUGUCCAACAUCACCAAUGUGACAAGCCGCUGGUGGGGCUCCAAACGACUGGACCACGUGUUAUACUGCCCUGAUGCCCUCCAUUCCUUCCCUACAAAUGCCCUGCCACACUUGUUCCACUCCAGCUUCUGGGAGUCCAUGGAUGUGGCUGCCUUUAUACUCAGACAGAUUGUCCGAGUUGAAACCUUUUCGGAGUUUGGUUUCAAAGAUGGAAUGAAGGAAGGUGCUACUGCUUUCUCCCCAUCUCAACCGCGGGAGAAGUGGCUACGUCGAAGAACAACAAUAAAGGUCAAGAACCUGACCCCCAAUCACCGUGCCAAUGAUGUGAUAGUUCUUGAAGACACGGAACAACAGCUCCAUGCUAAGUUCAUGUAUGGUCCUCUGGAUAUGACAGCACUGACGGGAGAAAAGGUGGAUGUACACAUCAUGAACCAGCCUCCAUCUGGGGAGUGGGUGUAUUAUGGGAUGGCCAUCACUGACAGUCAUGGCCGUCUUACCUUCACAGUGCCCAGUGAGAAAAGGCUCAGCCAGGGCAUGUACCCUGUUAAGCUGAUUGUCAGAGGUGACCAUACAUACACAGACUUCUUCCUGACGGUGUUACCCCCAAAGACAGAGACUGUGGUGUUCAGCAUUGAUGGCUCCUUCACAGCCAGCGUCUCCAUUAUGGGCAAAGAUCCAAAAGUCAGAGCUGGUGCGGUUGAUGUGGUCAGACACUGGCAGGAGCUGGGGUACCUGAUCCUCUAUGUGACAGCCAGGCCUGACAUGCAGCAUAAGAAGGUCAUCACCUGGAUGGCUCAGCAUAACUUUCCUCACGGUAUGGUCGCCUUCAUGGACGGACUCUGCAAAGAUCCACUGCGUCAGAAACUCAACUAUCUCAAAAGUUUGCAGACUGAGGCUGGAGUGCAGUUUAAGGCAGCCUAUGGAUCAAGUAAAGACAUAGCCGUGUACAAGGAGUUGGGCUUAUUACCUCAGCAGAUUUACAUCGUGGGCAAAACCUCCAAGAAACAGCACACUCAAGCUCAGGUGCUUACUGAUGGUUACGCUGCUCAUCUUAACAUCCUCACUACCCCUGGUGGCUCGCGCCCGGCCGUGGGGAAUGCCCGACUCUUCAUCCGUAAGAGCUGCUUUAGUUUGCCCACCCAGUCUGAGGGCAAGCGUAUGGCACGGAGGACUGCUUCUCUACCCCACAAGAGCCGUAAGCAAGGGACAUCAUCCAUCACUGUCUGUGACAACUUUGAUCAGCCAAUCACUAUCGCUGUCUCAGAUGCUGGUAACACUGUUUUAGAAACCAACCAGUCAUCUGUGGGCAAGGCUGUACGAGCUAGGGGGACUUCCCCUAGACCCAAAAUUCCCACGUUUUCUCGUGAUUCUGCGGUAUAGGGCAGGCCAUGAACAAUCUCUUAUCGUCAUGUACAGGUAUAAUAUCCGACUAAUAAUUGGUGUAAACAUUACUGUAUACAUAUGUUCAACAGAUAAGUACAACAUGAUAUCUUGUCUCUGUUUCGUGCAUUCCUCAUGGUAAAAGUCCAUUUCCUACAUACAUAUUCUAAAUCAUGAACAAAUUCGACCACAGACAUAGGGCAUGUGUUGGCAUAUUACUGGAAUGUUACCUGAUCUGGUCAGGGAAUUUCUUUGAUUUAUUUAUUUGUUAAAAUUUAUUUUAUUUGAUUGGCGUUUUACGCUGACUCAAGAAUAUUUCACUUAUACAACGGCAGCCAGCAUUAUUAUGGUGGGAGGAAACCGGGCAGAACCUGGGGGAAACCCACAACCAUCCGCAGGUUGCUGGAAGACCUUCCCACUUACGGCCGGCGAGGAAGCCAGCAUGAGCUGGACUUGAACUCACAGCGACUGCAUUAGUGAGAGGCUUCAGGGUUAUUACGCUGCGCUAGCGCGCUAACCGACUGAGCCACGGAGGCCUCGAAUUUCUGUGAAGUUCAUACAGUAUGUGCUCCUACCUAAACAAUACAUUUCACUUUAAAAUCUGAUGGAUUUGUUUUUUUGAAUUGCAGCCGCUACUUCAUUGGUUGAAUUUGUUCAGGAUUUAGAGGAUGACACACAUAUAUACAUGUACAUGUCUACAAUCUUGGCAUAUUGCCAUUGUUAUGUCUGUUGUACAGUUACUGUUCAUUAUUGCCCUAAGACUUGGAACUGGAAGUUUUGAGUUAGCUGCAGAAAACUGAGCAGCUUUCAGCCAGGACUACCUGUCUGGAUUAAACCAUUCCAAAAAUGUCCCGUGAGCAGUUUAUAAUAAUAGUGUGGUAUGAGCUAAAACGGAGAUUACAUACCUUCAUAUUUUUGUUUUGUUCUGUUUAUCUUUUGACACAAGACUAUCACCAUUGUCUCAAAUUGUUUUUUCCUGUCUUACUGUCUCCCUGUUGCUCUGUUUAUGUCAUUGUCUCUAAAUCUGUCCUCAGAGUUUAGUACAAGUUUACAGAAUGUACUUGUUAAAAAGUGUGUGCAUGUAUUUUUUGUUAUUUUAUUAUUACCUUAGAUAAGGAUGUAAAUUUUAGAAUUAUGUGCAUACAUGUAGGUUUGACAUAUUAGGCAUCUCCCGUGGACUGAAGUGUAUUUUGCACAAGUACAUGUAGAUGUAAACACUACAAUGUUGUAGAGAGUGACUGCUCAUACAAGUAGCCUAUGAUACAACUAUGAUACGGUUAUGUGUCUGUAUCUUUAAUAGGAACAAGAGACUGGAACUAUUACGUUUAUGGGUACCUUUAAAGAAUUCCUUCAUCAUCUCAAUCAAUGUACAUUGUACAUGGCUGACAUCAUUUCUUUUGUACAUAAUAUGUAUAGAAAGUUAACCUAAAUGAAAUUUGAAAAAAAGUGUUUGCAUUUUACCCUCUUUCUUUGUCUAUUUUAUAGAAUGGAUACUUUUUGUCCUGUGAGAAGACAAGCAUUUUAUGAAAACAGAAUCAAACAGAACUGGCCAACUUGUGCCAAACAUUUUACAGGAAUGAACUAUGAAUAAUAGGCCGUGUUUACCAAUUGUUUGUGAUAGGUCCCUUAUUGGCCUAUUGUGAGAAGCAUGUUUAUAGCUACCCGUAUACCAGAUGUACCAGAAGACACUGUUUGUCGAGUUGACUUUAUUCUGCACGUAGUCAUGACAACCACAACAGCAAAUAUGUACACUGUACAACAAUUUCCUUUAUAGGAAGAAAAUACUGCAUUGUCCUUAAUGAAAGUUGCAUUUCAUGAUAUUAAGUGAUGUCCUUAUCAAUAGAUGAUGUGAUUUGCUGUCGUGUUUGCUAGGUCUAAUGAAGACCAGCCUUUUAAGAUGAUAUUUUAAAACCCAGGAGAGAAUUACCUCCCUUUGAACUGACUGACCAUCAAUCUGCUGAGAACCAGAAUCAGGAUCUGCCAUGUGAAAAAAGAAUGGGAUUUUUUUUGGCCUUUCACUUUGGCUAUUAUGUCAUUUUCCUUGACAAGAUAUGGAGCCAGACUAUUUUUACAAUGCGUUUAUAAUAGCAGAUUAGAAUUAGCUGAGUAUUGUUAUGAAGAAACAAAAUGAUAUUUGGAAAAUCUCUGCAGUUUUUCAUGCAAAUGUAGCAACAAUUUUAAUAUAAAUAUAUUCAAAGCUUUAUGCUUGUCUCACUUAAGAUGUGAAAUAAGUAAUUGUUGUAGUUGUACACGCUCAAACAAGACGUGCAGCUGCAAUUGACCAAUUAGCAAUGGCCGCACCCAGCAUAUGUGUCCUUAUUCAAACGUGGUCACUUCUGGGGCUGACUUGAUGGGCUGAGUGACAGCAUCCGAAAAUUUCAAGUUUUUUUUAAUAAGGCUGAUGUAGUAUUUUGACUGGCAUGGAAUUACAGAUCAUUUGAAUGGCCAUGACUGUUAUUCAGUUGUAGGCCUAUUUGUUUCAUGCCGUUUUGCUAAAAUCACAAUGAAUCUGAGAUAUUACUUGACAUCAAAAGUACACUGUGUGACACUGGAUCUUGGGUACUGCCUUAUAAAAUGUUGCUCAGGCUUUGUUAGCUGAUUGACUGAUUGUCUAGAUUGAGUUAAAACUUGCUGUUGGGCUCAGUCUGAUCUCUUAGCUCGUCUGUCCUGCAGACAUAGGUUUUGCGUAGAACUGCUUUGAUCUGCUUGUUUCUCAGUCCAGUUCAACAUAAAUCGUCAUCGUAAACAGUUCAUCUCACACAUUAGACAGGUUUAUAGUGGUUAUGACUGUCUCCAUAUACAGGUGUCUCCAUGUAGGUGACACCUUAAAUCAAGCAGAGCUGAAGAAGUCCUUUCUAGUUGGAGUUCAAUUAUUGAAGAAUUCUUCCGACACUAGUUUUGACUAGGAAGAUAAACAUAUAUGACCUUAUUAUUCUGUGUGGUAGAUCAGCAGUAACAAAGUGGUUUACAUUUUAUCAUAAUGGUAUUUUCUGGUUACAUUGUACCUGUAGAAUGAAACUGCAUCACCCAUGUUAUAAACAUAAUCUUUUGCCAAGACAGCAGGUAUCUAUUACGUACUUAUCUUUCAGCCAUAUCAUGGGACAAUCCAUAUUCCGGUAUGGUCUCUUCAUGAUAUUCAUAUUAAAUUUCACAACUUCACUGUAUGUUUUAACAUAUACAUACCUAUGUAUAUAUGUAUAACCAUGUGUUUAAGUGUAUUUAUAGGUACUGGUUUUUAUUGAAUUAGAAUACAUAGUACUGUAUAAACCUUCCUGACAUUGACAUAUGUAAAUCCGAUGAGAUCGAGGCUUCUGAUUGGCCACUUUUGUUAGUUGACAUUGAUUAUUUUUUACUGGUGAAACUUUUGUAAUUUCCUACCUUUUGUUGAGUAUCAGUCACACGCUUCUCAGUUGUUUUCUGAACAAGUGUCUCAGCAAACUGCUGUUCAUUUAUAAUGUGGUACUUGUGUCUUGUCUCAAGUUCUUGAGCAAUUUGGCAAUGGAGAGAGAUGAUCAGGGGACAUUUAAUAAUUUGCUUUUUUUUAGGAUUAUAUCAGUAACAUGUAUAUGCCUUAUAUGAUGUGACAGUCACAUCGUAUGAAGAAUACAAUAACUCCAGACAGUGGUGGGAAUCUAGUCAUUUUUCUGACGCCACUUUUAUUUUGGUAUAGGUACUUUAAAUUUGGUUUUCAAUUGAUCAUUGGUCAUAAUUUACAUAUCAGUUUCUAUUUGUUGUUUUGAACCUUUCUCAGAUGGAUCUGAAGUUUUUGAUGACAUUGUGUCAGCAAUUGAUCUGUGCUAUAUAUUUUCUGUGAUAUCAGCACUGUUGGCCACAUUUAGUACUUUAGUAGACUAUUUGCAUAAUAGCUUUUUUUUAUAUUAUUAUUACUAUUAUUAUUAUACUUUCUUCCGCUGUUUCUCCACAUGCUUGUUUUUAUUUUCCUUGCAUUUGUAUAGUAACAUUGUCAACAUGGUUACAAUUUCUGCUCAUUGUCAAGGCAGCCAAGGGCUCUAUGAAUGGCGUACAUUUUCGAUCACAGUUCUAACUCGGUUCCAGGCUGACCUGAUCAUUGUUCUUUUGGAAUGGAUGAGUACUGUGUUACCAUUUGCCCAAGGAACAUCAAUGCAGAGGUAGGAAUGAACAACAAACUACUCAGCUUUGACUUGACUUUAUGCUUAAGGCAGGGAAGGUUCCCAUGGCAGCAUUAUGUACAUAUAAAUGCAUAUGUGAUUUUGAUAGUCAAUCAGUAAAAACGCGCAGAUUUUGCAUCCAUUUUGGACAGCAGAGUGACUGUCCCUUUUGCAACCAGUGGAGGACAUUAUCAAGUACUUAUGCCAUCAUCGAAGCAGUUUCCUUCAGCGUAUGCUCUGGUCUACAGUCAGUCAGUAAAAUCUGUGCGUCUUUGUCCAAUGACGACAGCAGGGUGACUGCCCCUUGCAAUGAGUUGAGGAAGUUAUGAAGGACCAGUGACGGUGGUGUUGUCAUGGGAACAGUUUUCUUCAGUAUAUGUUUUUGUUCUGCAGCUCUACAUGUGAAAUUCUAACAGCAUAAUAAAUAACAAUGUUUAAGAAAAGACAAGUAACGCUAUCGUCUUAUGAAACUGUGACUGCAUGGUGUCACAUUCUUUUUAAGUGUACAUUUAGAUAAAAGCAUAUUAAGUAAAGUGAUAAGAAGACAAUUGUCUCUCAUUGUGAAGCUUUCCUGAAGUUGUUUUUAUUGUACAUUUUUCACGUUCUUGAUUCAUGUGCAUGUGAUAUGUCAUAAUGCCUUUGAUGAUGCAUGUUUAAUUAGCAACGUUCUGUCUCUUCCACAGAUUUUACCGGCCUUGUAUCAUUUUCCAGGUAUUGGUAGGCUAGACAUUGAAAUUAUAUGUAUG